GACCAUUGCUCGAUUUGGGGGAUUGCUAGCGUAAACAAGCUAAGCUGCGGCGUGUCUGGGCGAGAUAACACUACACACAAAAUUCCUCAUUCAAGAUAAUGUCCUCUCCUUUGUAACUUGUUCAAGCUGUUAUUACCUUCUGCUAGUGAAAUGACAAUGUCAAUGGCCGGACUAUUGCAGCAGCCUUCUUGCUCUUACCUUUUUUCUCAGCCAACAAUUCAAACGUCUUUCAGAAAUUCAGGCAAAAGUAUAAGUAGUGUUAUCAAUGGUAACAGAAUUUGCAGAACGAGAGCUUUAACAGAGCUUCAGGAAAAUGGAAUACCGCCCAAUACAACAAUAGCAGGUCAAGUACCAAAUCAGUAUGUGGUUACAGUGUAUGACAAACACAGAGGAAUUACUCACAAAUUUCAGGUUCCUGAGGAUCAGUAUAUACUGCAAACUGCAGAGGCUCAAGAUAUAUCAUUACCAUUUGCUUGCAGACAUGGAUGCUGUACAACAUGUGCAGUACGUGUGAAAUCUGGAGUGCUACGCCAGCCUGAGGCUCUUGGGAUUUCUUCUGAACUGAAGUCUAAGGGAUAUGCUCUUCUCUGUGUUGGUUUUCCAGCUUCAGAUCUUGAAGUCGAAACUCAAGAUGAAGAUGAGGUUUAUUGGCUUCAAUUUGGGCGGUAUUUUGCCCGAGGACCUAUUGAGCAUCCGGGUGCACAAGCAAUCCUGCACUACCAAAAAGAAUCAAAGAAAUUAAACUUUUUUUUUCAGGAGCUGCUUUUUUGAGCUGGAAGUGAACCCAAGAUGCCUAGUAGUGGGAUUUGUUGGAUUGGUCCUGAAAUGGCAGUUUUUUGAAAAGAAUUUGAAAAUAUUUCAUGCCAAAAUUAAUGUGGAGAUAAAAUAGGUGUUUCCCAUGACCAAGCAAAGAGGGAAAAGCAUUUCUCAUUUGCAGGUAUUGCUGCAAGAAGAAAAACUAUGCCCGGAUGGUCAGACGUGAAGAAAAAUGAAAGUUGAAGUAAGGAUACGAAAGAAGUAGGUUGCAAGAAAGCUUCCAUGAAUCCAUGAAAACUGGUUACAAAGAAAAGAGGGUUGGUUAUCUUUGCGUGUUGCUGGUUUGAAGGUUCAAGACCAGAUUUGCAUGAGUUUUCAAAGUUGUGAUUGUUUAUUUUGGAUUUUUCUAUGCAUGCAUGUUGUGGGCUCUACUGUAGCUUGUAGAACAAGAUUGUAAACUUUGUUUGAUUUAAAAUAAAUAUUA